AUUUCCCCUCAUAUCUGACUGUCUCUCACCAUCGCUCCUCCCUCCUCUUGCGUUAAAUUCAAAAGAUGAAUGCAAAAUAAGUGACUCUCAAAUAUUCCUAGAAAUUUCUGACAAUUCCCAUGAAGUUUCCAAUUAAAUGAAAGCAACGAGUUCCAAGGGGUUUUGUUCGUGCUCUUUUUUUCCUCUAGACGGUGGUGAAGAAGGGAGUUACAGAGUAUGGGAUGGUUCUCCUGCUUCUUCAGUCCAUCUACUAAACAGGAUGAUCCAUCUGAGGAUCAUUAUAAAACGGCCAUCAAAAUAUCAAGGCAUGAAAAAGAAGAUGGCAUCGUACGUCAGAAAAGAGAAAAAGAUGAACAGGUUGCGAUAGAGAGAGCAACGGAAGAAAGCUUGAAGCUGUUUGAGAAAGAGGAGGAAAAGAGAAGAUUAGAUAAGUCAAAGGAGGAAGGCAAAAGAGAGAAAGUGGAUGAUGAUGAUGAUCAAGUGGAUACUGAACAGAUUGAGAUGAAUAUAGCAACGGAAGAAAGCUUGAAGCUGUUUCAGAAAGAGGAGGAAAAGAGAAGAUUAGAAAAGUCAAAGGAGGAAGGCAAAAGAAAACAAGUGGGGGAGGAGGAGGAGGAUGAUAAGGGACAAUUUAAGCAUUCCAAAGACAAACAAGUUGCUCCUCCUAGUUGUAGCAUAUGCAAUGGUUGCAAAUCUGAGAUCAAAGAUGGACUAUCUGUCAAAGCCUUUGGUGAUCUUUGGCAUCCUCGUUGUCUAUGUUGCCUUCAUUGUCACAAACCAAUUGCCCUGGGCGAGAUUGCAAGAAAAGCAAUAUUCCACAGAUCUUGCUAUAAGGAGCACCGUCAUCCCACCUGCUGUGUCUGCCAAAAGAAGAUUCCCCCAACAGAGGACGGUAUAAAGUACAACGAGCAUCCGUUCUGGAAGGAGAAAUACUGUCCUUGUCAUGAUAGUGAUGGAACUGCCAAGUGUUGCAGCUGUGAAAGAUUAGAGCCUAGAGGAACAAAUUUUGUGAUGCUUGGUGAUGAUCGGUGGCUAUGUCUACAAUGUAUGGGAUCUUCGGUCAUGGAUACUUAUGAAUGCCAUGAUUUGCAUUUGGAAAUCCGUGACUUCUUCGAUGGCUUGUUCUUGCCAGUUGAUAAAGAGUUUCCACUUCUUCUUGUUGAGAAACAAGCUCUGAAUAAAGCUGAGCAAGAAGAGAAGAUUGACUAUCAUCAUGCAGUGGUAACAAGAGGUAUUUGCUUGUCCGAAGAGCAAAAUGUCACAAGUGUAAAAGAAAGACCAAAGAUGGGACCAAACAACAAGCUAAUCGACAUAGUUACAGAGACUCAAAUGGUGAGCGGAUGCGAGGUCACUGCAAUUCUCAUUAUAUACGGACUUCCUAGGUUACUCACAGGAUAUAUCUUGGCUCACGAGAUGAUGCAUGCUUACCUUAGACUCAACGGUUAUAAGAAUCUUAAGUUAGAGCUUGAAGAAGGAUUAUGUCAAGUGUUAGGCCUCAGGUGGUUGGAGUCUCAUACAUUUGCCUCUACUGAUGCUGCUGCGGCUUCUUCUUCCUCCAACACCCCUCCAGCUGCCAGCACGUCAAAGAAACUUGACGACUGGUCUGAUUUUGAGAAGAAGCUCGCCGAGUUUUGCAUUCAUCAGAUCAAAGAAGAUGAUUCACCGGUCUACGGUCUGGGAUUUCAACAGGUCCACGAGAUUUUGGUCUCAAAUCACUACAACCUUAAGGAUACUCUGAAAGACAUUGUCAACGCUUCAAAGAGUGUACCAGUUUCAAAGUUUUGAGUCACCCCAUAUGUUAUACGUAUACCAAUAAUAUACAUAAACACGUAUACAUACAUGAUAUAUGCAUGCAUACAGACGCACAGCACAAGUUGAGGGACUGCUUUCUACUUUUGUGGUAUUGCUAUUUAUUUAUGUUUUUAACAUUUUUUCUUCUUUGUUUCCGGUAAAAGUCUGAAACUUUGAACUGUC